AUGGAUGACGAUUUCUUAUGUUAAUACGAUGGCCAUGAUGAAGAUGAAAUCCUUGGUUUCUGUCUGAAUAGUAAAUGCAAAGAAAAUUCGCAAUUUUGCUUGAAAUGCUGUUGGGAUAAACACAGCAGUCAUGAAGAAGAAUGCAAAACAUUUAAGCAAAUAUAGAAGACAAUUGCAAGCAACAAAGUGCUGGAAGAAAAGCAAAAAGAAUAGUUAGUUAACAAAAUCAAAGAAAUACAAAAUUUGUGUGAUCAAAUUACUCACCAAAAGAACGUGGACGCUGUGAAUUUGUAAGCUUUAGAGAAAGAUUUAAAGGAUAAAGAAUAUAAAAAAUGCCUAGAUCACAUUCCCCUUUUUAAACAAUAUUGUCAAUAUUUAUAAUCUAAUUCACAAUAGGUGUUAUUAGAUUAAUUAGAUUAAGGAUUAAAAUCACUUAAAUUGUUCACAUUAGGAAUCUCUGCCAUUUUGGAAUAAACAAAAAUAUUGGACAACUAGAGUAUUUCAAUAAAAUCUGAGAUCAUAAACCCAAACCAGAAUGAGAAAAAACCAGCUCAAGUUGAAAUUUAAAAAAAAGAUUAAGAAGUCUAAGUGAAUAUUGAAUUACCAGCAUAGACUCAAAAAAAAAAUGAAAUUGAAAUUGUAGAGAAUAAAGACUAUGGAAAACCAGUAGGUUAAACAGCGUCUUCUAGAGUUGGAUUACCACCUUAAUCACAACAACCUCCUUCUACCUAUAAUUAUUAACAACCUUCUUCUGCUUAAGGUUAUUAAUAACCCAAACCAUAGAAUCCUUCUGCUGGUUAAAAUUCAUCCUCUAAUAUAUACCCACCAUAAGGUUCAAAUCCACCAAAGACAUAUCCACAACCAAAUCAAUAUCAACAAUAAAAUCAAUACCAACAAUCGAAUCAAUACCAAUAUUAAUAGCAAAAUCAAUAUCAACCGCAAAAUCCAACUAAUAAAUCAUAUUAACCACCUACAGGAUCAAGUUCUAUAAAUUCACAACCAUAUUAGCCAUCUUCAGGAUCAAGUUCCAUAAACUAACAACCAUAUUCUUAGUAAUCUGGCAAAGUCCCUCCUCCAUAAACCAAACCCUAUUAGCCUAGUUCAACAAAUCCAUAAAAUUAAUAGUAUAAACCUCCAAAUCCAAAUCCAAAUCAAACAGGUUAAAAAACAUAUCCUCCUCCAGGCACUCAAUCAUAAAUACAAAAAUAUUAACCUUAAAAUUCAGAAUAAGGAAAUUAAAAAAUGGAUCCUCAAUAAUUAAUGAGUUUAUUGGGUAGUAGCGGAAACGAAGGUUUAAUGAAAUAAGUAAUUGAAUAUGCAUUACAAUAAGAAGUUAAUAAAAAUUCAAAGAAUGGUAAUCAACCAGCCCCUAAAGUAUAACUUGAUAUGGAACAAGUAAAAUAUUAUCAGAGUUAAAUAGAAGCUGAAUAGGUUAUAAAAUAAUGUGCUGAAUUAUUGCAAUAAGAUAAAUACAAGGAAACUCUGGACAUAAUCAAUAAAGCAAAUAUCGGUAUAGUUGUAGAUAAUGUUUAAAUUUUAUAAAUCAAAUGGAAAUGCUUACUGAAAACGAAUUAAUUGGAGGAUGCUCUCUAAAUUUGUAAUCAGAUAAUAGAGCUAAAUCAAGACGAUACAAAAUUCUUGGCUAUCAAAGGAUUGACUUUACAUCAAUUAAACAGAUACGAAGAAGCCAUGGAAUUAUUUGAUAUAGCUACUGAAAUAAAUCCAAAUGAAUUCAACGGCUAUUUCCAUAAAGGAUAAACCUUGCUAUCAUUGAAGAAAUAUGAAGAGGCCAUCAAAUGUUUUGAAAGAGCUAUUGAAAUUGAUCCUGAAAGUGAACCUUCAUACUUUUUAUUGGGAAAUGCAUUAAAGAAAUUGGAGAAAUUCAAUCAAGCUGUUGAAAACUACAACAUAACAGUUAACAUAAACCCAUAGCAUCAAGUUGCCCUUACUUUUAAAGCUCAAUGUCUAAUUGAAUUAAAAGUGUAUGAAGAAGCAAUUAAAGCUGCAGAUGCUGCAUUGUCAAUAAAUGAGAAUAAUUCUCUUGCCCUAUACUCUAAAGGACUUGGAUUGUUCAAAGUAGAGGCUUUCAAAGAAGCUCUUAGUUGUUUGGAGAAAGCCAUCUUAAUAGAUAAUACUAUGCACGAAGCUAUUGCCUUAAGAGGCGAAAUACUCCAUAAAAUGGAAAAAUAUGUAGCUGCAGUGUCAGCAUAUGAUUUGGCUCUCUAAAUAUCCGCUAAUCCUUAGUAUAUGUUGAAAAAAGCUGAGUCUUUACGAGCAUUGGAAAAAGUUGAAGAGGCAGAUAUUUUAUAAAAUUAAGCUUAAUAGCUCAUAGACUAAUAAAAAUAACCUUAGGAAAAAUAAACAAUUUGAGGUGAGAUAUUUAUAACAAUAACC